UGAGCAAUCACGCUGCUCAUUCACAUCUUUUCCUCGACCCUUCUACUUCCUUCCUCGCGGGGACCUCACAUUCCAACCCGAACACCAGAACUCAGAGUCGAACCAUGGGCGUCACCAGCACCAGUCAACCAGCCGUCGAUCGAGCCCAAGAGCUCAAGCAAUUCGAAGAAUCCAAGCUCGGGGUCAAAGGUCUCGUCGACUCCGGCCUCACCUCCCUCCCUUCCCUCUUCGUCCACCCGCCCGAGACCCUUUCCGGCCUCAAGCCAGCCCGCCCCAGGCCCACGCCCACGCCCGAUUCGAUCCCCACCAUCGACCUCUCCGGCUGCGACUCCGGCCGCCGGUCCUCCGUCCUCGGGGAAGCGGCGCGCGCGGCUCGCGAGCUCGGCUUCUUCCAGGUGGUCAACCACGGCGUGCCGGCGGAGGUCCUGGACCGCACCAUCGCGGCUGUGAAGGCCUUCCACGAGCAGCCGAUGGAGGCCAAGGCGAGGAUCUACCGGCGGCAGACGGAGACCGGCGUGUCCUUCUUCUCCAACAUCGACUUGUUACACUCCAAAGCGGCUAGCUGGAGGGACACGCUCCAGAUAAGGCUGGGGCCGAAAUUAGCAGACGUGGAAGAGAUCCCUGAGGUGUGCAGACACGAGGUGUUGGAGUGGGAUCAGCAGGUCCAACGGCUGGGAGGCCUCCUUAUGGGGCUGUUGAGCGAGGGGCUGGGAUUGAGUACCGGCAAGCUCCAGGAAUUGACGUGCUUGGAGACGAGGGUGAUGGUGGGGCAUUACUAUCCCUACUGUCCCCAGCCCGAUCUGACGGUGGGUUUGACGUCCCACACGGACCCGGGAGUGAUCACAUUGCUCCUGCAGGACCAGGUCGGCGGGUUGCAGGUGAAGCACGGCGACGAGUGGGUGGAUGUGACGCCCGUCCCAGGGGCUCUUGUUGUGAACAUUGGUGACAUCCUCCAGAUUAUGUCCAAUGACGAGUACAAAAGCGUGGACCAUCGGGUGUUGGCCAACCCUAGCCAAGAGCCACGUGUGUCAAUAGCAGUUUUCUGCAAUCCGAGCAAUCGGGAGAAUGAGUUCGGACCGUUCCCAGAGCUCGUGUCUGCAGAUAAACCCGCUGUUUUUCGGCAGUUCACGUUCGACGAAUACAUGGGGAGAUUCUUUUCUAAGGAGUUGGACGGGAAAAGCUUGAUAAAUUUCUUCAGGGCAUGAUUGAGAGGUGCAUAGACCACAAAAGAUGAUACGAGAAUAAGAUUGCUUCUGUAAUAAUGAAGGAAAUACUAUAUCCUUCCCCUAAAUUCUACUUAACCUUGUAUUAUGUCGUUUCAUAUAGUGGUUAAUUUGCAUAUAUUUGUUUGCA